AUGGGGUCCAUGACGCCCCAAACCCUCCUCCUGCUGCUUGCGGGGGCCCUGGCCCUGACCCAUACCGAGCAGCGUUCCCACUCCCUGAUAUAUUUCAUCACCGGAGUGUCCCGGCCCGGCCUCGGGGAGCCCCAUGUCACGGCCGUGGGCUACGUGGACGACACGCAGUUGGGGCGCUUCGACAGCGACGCCGAGAACCCGAAGGCAGAACUGCAGGCGUCAUGGAUGCAGAAGGUGGAACAGGAGUACGUGGACAGGCACACAUGGCACGGAAAAGAGCAAACACACUUGAACCAUGUGUACCUGAACAACCUGCGCAGCUACUACAACCAAAGCGAGGACGGUUCUCACACACUCCAGAAGAUGUACGGCUGCGAAGUCGGGGCAGAUGGGCGCCUUCUCCUCGGGUACUGGCAGUGGGCCUAUGAUGGUGCUGACUACAUCGCCCUGAAUGAGGACCUGUGCACCUGGACUGCAGCUGACACAGCAGCUCAGAUUACCCAGCGCAAGUGGGAAGUGACAGGUGAAGCUGAAAGAUACAGAUCUUAUCUGGAGGAGGAGUGCAUGAAGUCGCUGCACAGAUUCCUGGAGUUAGGGCAGGAGAUCCUUCAGCGUUCAGACCCACCCACAGCACAUGUGACUCACCACCCAGUCUCUGACCAGAAGGUCACCCUGAGGUGCUGGGCCCUCGGCUUCUACCCCAAGGACAUCACACUCACCUGGCAGCGAGAUGGGGAGGACCUGACCCAGGACAUGGAGCUGGUGGAGACGAGGCCUGCAGGGGAUGGAAGCUUUCAGAAGUGGGCAACUGUGCUGGUGCCUUCUGGAGAGGAGCAGAGAUACACGUGCCACAUGGAGCAUGAGGGGCUGCCUGAGCCCCUUACUGUGAGAUGGGAACCUCCUCGGCCCACUGUGCCCAUGUGGGGAGUCAUCGCUGGCCUGGUCCUCGUGGCAGCUGUGCUCAUUGGAGCUGUGGUCACUGCUGUGAUGAUGAUGAUUAGGAGGAAGAGCUCAGGUAGGGCAGGGUGAGGGCUGGGUCUGAGUCUCCUGUCCCCUGGGGAGAAGGUCUGCCACCCCAUUCCUGGGAAGCACCAUGCACACACACCUGCACUCCCAGCUGGGCCCCUGGUGCUCACAUUGGUUCUGGUGUGAAGCACAAGUGAAGGUGGAGAACAAACACUCCACAGGGAUGACUCUGCUCACAGGAACCUGAGUUCCAGCAGCCCCAGGUCAGGGGAAGAUCCCAGCUGAGGACACACCUCCAGGAGAGGCACCUCCUGACCCUUUCCUAGGUCUGUAGCCACAGUUCUGGAAUCUUCUCUGAGAUGAGCCAGUCCUCAGGCCCUGCCUUCUCCCUGCCUCUCACUAGAUGUUUUCUCUCACAGGUGGGGAAGCAGCAAGCUACACUAGGGCUGCAGUUUCCAGUGUUCACAUCCGGACACAGCUACAGUGAACAUCAAUCAAGGCACCUGCUUUCUUAAGAGCGCCCACGUUCAACCACACUGUAACUCACACUGGAACCCUUGGACCUGUGAACUGAAAACACUUCGAGAUGGGGGAGGGAUCAGACAAUUAUAUUUAUUUAUUCGAAAAUGUUUUAAUAUUUGUGAAAAGGAGGGUGCUCCCCCAUCCCCUGGCUCACUCCCCAAAGGCACACACAGCUGGGGACAGGACAAGUCAAAGCCUAGAGCCCAGAACUGAGUCCAGGUGCAUAAUCUACUACCUCAAAAGGCAUGCACUGGGCAGACGCUGGGCCAGAAGUGGAACCAGAACACUGAGAUGGGAUCAGGUGUCCCAAGCUGCAUUUCCACUCCUGUACACAGUGCCCAUGCCUACAUCCAUGGUUUUCCAUCACGGAGGAAAUAAAGGACACAGGUGGUCAUUGAUGACACAGGACACUGGAGACACAAGGUGUCCACUCAGCCAGGGGUUAUCCCAGGGAGAAGGUCCAAGAAGAGGCCACAGCUGAACACACGGAACCUCCUGGCAUCCUGCUGCGUCACAUGGUGCCCCACACAGAUUCUCACGCCUUGAAGCCCACAGUGAAAUCCAGGAGUUAUAAAUUCACCCUG